AUGUGCUCACAUUCUGGAGGGGACAGUGUGAGUAAAAAUGUUCAAACCCUCAACCUUGAAGACAUGAUAUCAGUGUUUGAAGAAGAAUACAAGUCCAAUGCAAGCAACAAAACAAUUGUGUUCCAAAACGUAAUGAACAUAGAAAAGGCAGACAGUUUGUUUUACGCUGAUGUGUUAGUGAAUGACAAAGUGCUCUUACAAGCCGUGUUAGAUAGCGGUUCCAUGGCAUGUACCAUGAGUGAGGAAGCCGAACAGGAGUUGUUGAAAGCGACAGUGGUUCCAGAGCUUGGAGAAACACCCACAGAUAUUACACUUGUUGGUUGCGGAGGUGUUAAAGUCCAGCCCAAGUGCAUAUACCAGCUGAAGAUGAAAGUUUACGGCUAUACUGUCAGUGUACCCACGUUGGUUGUCCCUGGACAGAAAGACCAGCUCAUUCUUGGUACAAAUGUCAUAAAGUAUAUCAUUGGUCAACUCAAACAAAGCCCCGUAUAUUGGCGUGUCAUGAAUAUGCCAGAAGCUGCCAAUGAGUUGGACAUAGAGCUGUUUUUGAACAUGCUGUCCGGUGUAACCAGGUGGAAAGGUGACACAAUCCCUGAUGUGAUAGGCACUGUCAAGUUAGUCCAAGCAGUCACACUGCUCCCAAAGCAUGAGCAUCUUGUGUGGGGAAAACUACCCGCAAAUGCCCCUGUCUCUGCAGGAAGCACCAUACUGGUUGAGACUCCUAAAUCUUCGACUCACAAAAAAGAUAUAAUCGUUGGGAGAGUUGUAACUUCCAUGAGUGGUGAUAGAUGGGUCCCAGUGCGGAUUUUUAACCCAUGUGAUCGCUCUGUGAUGCUAAAGAGAAACACUAAAAUAGCCGAUGUAUAUCCAUGUGUAGCCCUGGAAGAUCUUGAUGCAAGUCAUGAGCUACAACCAGAGAACAAUGUGAAGGCACAUAACCAGACGGUGCGUACAACCACAGCGAGUGAUGUCUCUGUCCCCAGUCUCCAGGACAGAUUAGAGAAGCUUGGGUUAGGUGAUUUGGAUCUUGAAUCAUGUGAAGUGUCUCCCUACUGGAAGGAACAGUUGUUUCAGCUAAUUCUGAAGCACAAGGAUGUGUUCUCCAGACACAAGCUGGACUGUGGGAGGGCCAAAGAUUUUGUUCACCGCAUCCACCUGUCAGAUGCUCAUCCCUUUAGACUUCCAUUUCGGCGCGUCCCACCAGCCCAGUAUCAGAAGUUAAGACAAGUACUGUCAGAGAUGGAGGAGCGAGAGAUUAUUCGCAAAUCCUGCAGUGAAUGGGCAUCCCCUCUCGUGCUAGUGUGGAAAAAGAAUGGAGAUUUGCGUGUCUGUGUAGACUAUCGCUGGUUAAAUGCACGUACUGUGAAAGAUGCACAUCCAUUACCCCAUCAGGCUGACUGCUUGGCCGCACUGGGAGGAAAUGCUCUGUUCAGCACUAUGGACCUUACAUCGGGGUUCUUCAACAUUGAGGUGGCAGAAGAAGACAAGAAAUUCACAGCCUUUACAACACCCAACGGCCUACUAGAAUUUAACCGUCUUCCGCAGGGGCUAUGCAGUAGUCCGGCCAGCUUCAUGCGUCUCAUGAUGAACAUAUUUGGUGAUCAGAACUUCCUGACUCUGCUUUGUUAUUUAGACGAUUUAUUGGUCUUUGCACCUGAUGAAAAAGAGGCCCUUAAAAGGCUUGAGAUGGUCUUCAGUAGACUGCACGAACAUGGGUUGAAGCUGGCUCCUAAAAAAUGUCACUUCCUGAGGCGGAGUGUGAAGUUCCUGGGUCAUGUGGUCAACGCAAAUGGAGUGGAGACAGAUCCAGAUAAGGUCAAGGUCGUUACCAGUAUGACUCAGGCAGACCUUAUGUUAGAUGAUGGAGUUACUCCAUCUCAAAAGAAGAUUAAAUCAUUCUUGGGCAUGAUUAUGUAUUAUCAGCGCUUUAUAGCAAACUGUUCGAGAAUUGCCAAGCCGCUUUUUGCAUUGACUGCUGCUCCAAAAGGAAAAAAGGGCCAUGCACGGAGCGCUGCUGCAUUCAGGAAACUUAGCCCCAGUGAUUGGACAGAAGAACACAACAAUUCGUUCCAGCAACUGAAAACAGGUCUACUAGAAACUGUUGCUCUUGCUCAUCCUAAUUUUAGUCGUCCGUUUAUACUGUCCACAGAUGCGUCAUUGGAUGGGCUCGGCGCUGUAUUGUCCCAAGUUGCUGAGGGUGAGAGUAAAGCACGUCCCAUUGCCUUCGCAAGUAAGGCUCUCACCCGUGCCCAGUGCAAUUACCCUGCACAUCGCUUAGAAUUUCUGGCUUUGAAAUGGGCUGUUUGCGAUAAAUUCAGCCAUUGGCUGAAAGGAAGCAAUUUUACAGUCUGGACGGAUAACAAUCCGUUGACUUAUAUUCUGACUAAGCCGAAAUUAGAUGCUUGUGAGCAGAGGUGGGUAGCCAAGCUAGCUCCCUAUAACUUCAGUAUACAGUACAUCCCCGGUAGCAAAAAUGUAGUCGCUGACGCCCUCAGCCGACAACCUUUCAUUCGCAGUCCUGUCAGUCAGAGGCUGGUGUCAGAAUCAUAUGGAGCCCUGCUAGAAGAAUCGAACCAAAUCGCAGAGAAUGCGAUUCAAGAUACUUUCCGGCUCAGUGCUAAUGCCCAAGCUGUUGAUUUCGCAUCCAAAAGCCCACUGCAACGCACUCUAACUUGUGAGGAGGUGUCUGCUAUCCUAAAGGGUCAGGCUGAGUGGGAUAACGUGACCAGGGAGAGGACUGCCUCGUGGCUCGUGCAAAACGUGAAUCAGCUUCUGCCACCAGGUCAAACUGCCCUGCCUGUCUUUACCCUCAAAGAUCUUCAGGAGAAGCAACAAGAUGACGCUACUCUCUCUCGUGUCUUCUCUUAUGUAGUGCGAGGGACCAGACCAUCCCGGAGAGAGCGAACUAAGGAAACUUUUGCAGUGCUCAAGACAUUGAAGCAAUGGGAAAAGUUCUGGAUGGUAUUCUUUACAGAGUAAGCAAGGAUCCUUUGACCAAGAGGAAACGCCAUCAGUAUGUGGUACCAGCCACUCAAGUCAAGCUUGUGCUCCAGGGUGUUCAUGACGAUGCUGGACAUCAGGGUCAAGGCAGAACAUUAAACCUGACAAGACAACGGUUUUUCUGGACUGGAAUGGAGCAUGAUGUCCGUGAAUACGUCAAGUGCUGCAAACGCUGUGUAGUAAGCAAGACACCUGAGCCAGAAGGAAGGGCACCGCUUGAGAGCAUUAAAACAACAAGCCCCUUGGAAAUGGUUUGCAUUGACUUCUGGGCUGCAGAGGACUCCAACGGCAGAAGUGUGGAUGUGUUAACUGUGACUGACCAUUUCACAAAAAUGUCACACGCUUUCCCUUGUCACGAUCAGUCCGCGAAACAAGUUGCUCGUCUACUGUGGGACAGAUAUUUCUGCAUCUAUGGUUUCCCAGAAAGAAUCCAUUCGGACCAGGGUGCGAACUUCGAGAGCCAGUUGAUUCAGGAACUGUUGCAGAUUGCUGGAAUAAAGAAGUCGAGAACAACAGUCUAUCAUCCCAUGGGAAACGGCCAGAUAGAAAGGUUCAAUCGUACCUUGGGAAACAUGAUCAGAUCAUUACCACCAAGAUCUAAACAAAAAUGGCCUCAGAUGUUACAAACAUUAACCUUCGCCUACAACUGCACAGCCCACGAGUCCACGGGGUAUGCACCUUUUUACUUGAUGUAUGGAAGAGUCCCAAGGCUGCCAGUAGACGUAAUGUUCAGCAAUAUUGAAAGGGAUGGCGACAUCACAGACUAUGACAAAUAUGUAAAGAGAAUGAAGGAUGAUCUCAAGGAGGCUAUGAACCUGGCUCAAGUCAAUGCUCAUGCCAGUCAGCAGCGUCAAGCGGACCUGUACAACAAGAGAGUCAAGGGUUGUGGCAUUGAAGAGGGUGACAGAGUGCUGUUGGCCAACAAAGGAGAGCGUGGGCGUAGGAAAUUAGCUGACAAAUGGGAGUCCACCCCCUAUGUUGUAAUCCGUGCAGACCCCAAAUGUCAUACCUACAAGAUCCAGAACACAGUGACAGGUCAAGAGAAAGUGGUACAUAGAAAUUUACUGUUGCAAGCUAGUUUUUUACCCGUUGAGCCCGAAGAUGAACUUGAAUCGUCUUUCAAUGAUUCUUCCGAAUCAAGUCACAAGGACAGCGAUGAACUUCAGGAAGAUGAGAUGAUGGGAGACUCUGAAUCAUUUAGAGCCCACCGUACUGCCUGUUGGGUGACUGGGACAGUCACUUCUAAUGCACAGCCAGAGACUCAGAAUUCGGUCCAAGAAUCGGAUGCACUAGAUAAAGUUUCUGAACUAGAGGCAGAACCGACUGUAGUCGAACCUCAGUUAGUCGACAGCUCUAAUGACAUAAGAACAAACGAGAAAACCUGUGAUGUGAGUAGUUCACAUUCUGGGGACAAAAGCCAGAGAGACAUUGGCUCUGUGAACGCUGAUAGUGACAAGGAUUCAAGGGAGGUUAGCAUUAUCCCCUGUAAAACUACAGCUGAAGUUACAACCAGAGUAGGCAGAGUUGUGAGACCAGUAAACAGGUUAAUACAAAAUAUGACACAGAAAACUGCUCACACUCGUAGUUCAGUUUGUAAUUUUGCUAGAGCUUUACUUUCAUAAGGAAUACUGUCGAAAUUUGUAAAAGUGAAAGUGGACCCCGUUGUCUUAAUGAUGAAUUGAGGUACAGUCAUUCAUAAAUAUUUAGGUGGUGUAUAAGGCACCCCUGUAGCAAGAGGGCAUCUGUGAGCCUGAUCAGCUCUAUUUGGCCUCUUUCCCUAACAGUUGGGUAACGCGUGUUGCAUGGUAGUAUUACGUUAGAGAUGAAUGACGACCUUUCAAGGUUGUAUCCUAUGGUCCAAGCUUUGAGAAGUUCAGGGGGGAGUAUGUAGCCGUGAUAUUUUUGCACUUUAAUAUUUUUUUAUAAUUUUUAUUUCAUUUCUUUAUAUGUGAAGAAAAAUGUUGGGUUAUGUAAUGAACUCCCUCAAAGCUUUAUACGGGAAAAAAAAGUGUGUUCUUAAUUCAUUUAAUUGUAAAGGUUUAUUUUUUGGGGGGUUCCCCCUUUUCUUGUUUCACGUGGGGCACUAGUUAGCGCGACACCACGCCUGAAAGCUCCGUGUUUUCCCGGGCAUUUCACAGUCUCAUGGUGAAUGCUGAACGGGUAAGAUGCGAUUCACUCUCUCUCUUGUAAAUAUCCCUCUUUUAGAGUAUUAAAGCUCUAUAAACCGUAGUAAUUUGCCAAGUAAGGAUGUUCUAACAUCAGAGUGAAGCUGUAUCGCUGUUUUCGCUAAAGUUACAGCUUAGAUGGCAUUUUUAAACCCAGCAUUUAUGCUCAUGAGUUUCCACUUUGUGCAGGAGAGGGAGAGAGAGGGUGUGCCUACGUGCGUGUGCGCAUGUGCUAACUCUGCCCCAUGUAUUGUGUUCAGUAGCUACCCCUCCCACAAGUCCUAGGACUGCAUCUCUGGCAGCACCUGUCAUCAUGCCUCCAUCAUCUGCUAUGGAACCAGCAUUCGUGAGAGAUCUACCUAUUACUACACAAUAGAUAGGUCAAAAUUUUGCACUCUUUCGGGGGCUUGUUACUGGGCCAAGAUUUUUGUCAAUGACUGAAGAGGACAGCAUGUCCACGCAGGACUGUCAUGAUAAGCAGUAAAUACAAUGUUUACACAUUGCCCCUUACGCAGUGCCCCUCACCCAAAAAAAAAAAAAUAAUAAUAAUGUAAAUUAA